AUGCCGGCCCGCGCCGCGCCGCUGCCGCCGGCCCCGCUGCCCGCCGAGCUGCGCCGACGGCUGCAGGACUUGGAGCGGGAUGAGGAGAACCUGGGAGAGAAGGAGAGCGUCCAGGAGAAGCUGAGCCUCAUCCACGGCUUCCUGCAGGCCGAGGUGCAGCUGCAGCUCAGCGAGCUCGAGGCCAAACUGCGCCGGGAGGAGCUCUCCGAGGAGCGUUACCUGGCCAAGGUGAAGGCGCUGCUGCGCCAGGAGCUCUCGGCCCCCAACGGCUCCGGGGGCCCCAAUCCCAACGGCUGCCCCGGGAACGGCGCCUUCGGCAGCGACGAGGAUGAGGAUGGGGCCAUGGAGCUCGAGGAGGGGGCGGCAGCGUCCUCGUCCCCGUCCUGCUCCGGCCCCGCCGCCAGGGCGCUGAAAUCCCGCAGGAGCCGCUCCAACGGCGACGCCAGAAAGUCUCCGGCCAGCUCCCGCGUCACCCGCAGCUCCGGCCGGCAGCCGUCCAUCCUCAGCCUCCUGUCCAAAGGAUCCAACAAGAGGAAAUCAGAGGAGGUCAACGGGGAGGUGAAGCCGGAGCUGAUGAACGUGGAGAAGGAGGAGGAGGAGCUGGAGGAGAAGGAUCAAGACGAGAAAAGGAUGAAAAUGGAAACCAAAGAUGGGUCGGAAAUCAAAGAUGAAAUCCCUCAGGUUAAAAUCACUGCUUCUGCUAAAACCACCCCCCCAAAAUGCCUCGACUGCCGGCAGUACCUGGACGACCCCGACCUCAAAUUCUUCCAAGGGGACCCCGACGACGCCCUGGAGGAGCCGGAGAUGCUGACGGACGAGCGCUUGUCCAUCUUCGACGCCAACGAGGACGGCUUCGAGAGCUACGAGGACCUCCCCCAGCACAAAGUCACCUCCUUCAGCGUUUACGACAAGAGGGGACAUCUGUGUCCCUUCGACACCGGGCUCAUCGAGAGGAACAUCGAGCUCUACUUCAGCGGCGUCGUCAAACCCAUCUACGACGACAACCCCUGCCUGGACGGUGGGGUGAGAGCCAAGAAGUUGGGGCCCAUCAACGCCUGGUGGAUCACGGGCUUCGACGGCGGGGAGAAGGCGCUCAUCGGCUUCAGCACGGCCUUUGCCGACUACAUCCUGAUGGAGCCGAGCGAGGAGUACGCGCCCACCUUCGCGCUGAUGCAGGAGAAGAUCUACAUGAGCAAGAUCGUGGUGGAGUUCCUGCAGAACAACCGCCACGUCAGCUACGAGGACCUGCUCAACAAGAUCGAGACCACGGUGCCGCCGGCGGGGCUCAACUUCAACCGUUUCACGGAGGACUCGCUGCUGCGCCACGCGCAGUUCGUGGUGGAGCAGGUGGAGAGCUACGACGAGGCCGGCGACAGCGACGAGCCCCCGGUGCUCAUCACGCCCUGCAUGAGGGACCUCAUCAAGCUGGCCGGCGUCACCCUGGGCAAGAGGCGCGCCGUGCGGCGCCAGGCCAUCCGCCACCCCACGCGCAUCGACAAGGACAAGGGUCCCACCAAGGCCACCACCACCAAGCUGGUGUACCUCAUCUUCGACACCUUCUUCUCGGAGCAGAUCGAGAAGGACGAGCGCGAGGAGGACAAGGAGAACACCACCAAGCGCCGGCGCUGCGGCGUCUGCGAGGUGUGCCAGCAGCCCGAGUGUGGCAAGUGCAAGGCGUGCCAGAACAUGGUCAAGUUCGGUGGCAGCGGCCGCAGCAAGCAGGCGUGUCUGCAGAGGAGGUGUCCCAACCUGGCGGUGCGGGAGGCAGAUGAGGAUGAGGAGGUCGAUGACAACAUCCCCGAGAUGCCCUCGCCCAAGAAGAUGCUCCAGGGCCGCAAGAAGAAGCAGAACAAGAGCCGGAUCUCCUGGGUGGGGGAGCCCAUCAAGAGCGACGGCAAGAAGGAUUUCUACCAACGCGUCUGCAUCGACUCUGAGACCCUGGAGGUGGGAGACUGCGUGUCCGUGAGCCCCGACGACCCCACCAAGCCCCUCUACCUGGCCAGGGUGACGGCCAUGUGGGAGGACAGCAGUGGCCAGAUGUUCCACGCCCACUGGUUCUGCCCGGGCUCGGACACCGUCCUGGGGGCCACCUCGGACCCUCUGGAGCUGUUCCUGGUGGACGAGUGCGAGGACAUGCAGCUCUCCUACAUCCACGGCAAGGUCAACGUCAUCUACAAGGCGCCCUCGGACAACUGGGCCAUGGAGGGCGGGCUGGACACGGAGAUCAAGAUGGUGGAAGACGACGGAAGGACCUACUUCUACCAGAUGUGGUACGACCAGGAGUACGCGCGCUUCGAGAGCCCGCCCAGCACGCAGCCCACCGAGGACAACAAGUACAAGUUCUGCAUGAGCUGCUCCUGCGCGCGCCUGGACGAGGUGAGGCACAAGGAGAUCCCCAAGGUGGCCGAGCCGCUGGAGGAGGCCGAUGGGAAGAUGUUCUACGCCGCGGCCACCAAGAACGGCGUCCAGUACCGCCUUGGGGACGGGGUCUACCUGCUGCCAGAUGCCUUCUCCUUCAGCGUGAAGCCGGCCAGCCCGGCCAAGAGGCCCAAGAAGGAGGCGGUGGACGAGGAGCUGCACCCCGAGCACUACCGGAAGUACUCGGAGUACAUCAAGGGCAGCAACCUGGACGCGCCCGACCCGUUCCGCGUGGGCCGCAUCAAGAGCAUCUUCUGCAGCCUGCGCGGCAACGGCAAACCCAACGAGGCCGACAUCAAACUCUGCAUCUACAAGUUCUACAGGCCCGAGAACACCCACAAGUCCACGAAGGCGAGCUACCACGCCGACAUCAACCUGCUCUACUGGAGUGACGAGGAGGCCACCGUGGAGUUCCGGGCGGUCCAGGGCCGCUGCUCCGUGGUCUACGGCGAGGACCUGACCGAGAGCAUCCAGGACUACUCGGCCGGGGGCCUGGACCGCUUCUACUUCCUGGAGGCUUACAACGCCAAAACCAAGAGCUUUGAGGAUCCUCCCAACCAUGCCCGGAGCUCCGGGAACAAAGGGAAGGGGAAGGGGAAAGGGAAAGGGAAGGGCAAAGGGAAGGCGGCGAGCGCGGAGCAGAGCGAGCAGGAGCCGGCCAAGCUGCAGGUGCCCAAGCUGAGGACUCUGGACGUGUUCUCCGGCUGUGGAGGCCUCUCCGAGGGCUUCCACCAGGCAGGUGUCUCGGAGACGCUCUGGGCCAUCGAGAUGUGGGAGCCGGCGGCGCAGGCGUUCCGGCUCAACAACCCUGGCACCACGGUGUUCACCGAGGACUGCAACGUGCUCCUCAAGCUGGUCAUGGCCGGCGAGAAGACCAACUCCUUGGGCCAGAAGCUGCCCCAGAAGGGCGACGUGGAGAUGCUCUGUGGUGGCCCCCCGUGCCAGGGCUUCAGCGGCAUGAACCGCUUCAACUCGCGCACCUACUCCAAGUUCAAGAACUCCCUGGUGGUCUCCUUCCUCAGUUACUGCGAUUAUUACCGGCCGCGCUUCUUCCUGCUGGAGAACGUCCGGAACUUCGUGUCCUUCAAGAGGUCCAUGGUGCUCAAGCUGACCCUGCGCUGCCUGGUGCGCAUGGGCUACCAGUGCACCUUCGGGGUGCUCCAGGCCGGGCAGUACGGCGUGGCGCAGACGCGGCGCCGCGCCAUCGUGCUGGCGGCGGCGCCGGGCGAGAAGCUGCCCAUGUUCCCCGAGCCCCUGCACGUGUUCGCGCCCCGCGCCUGCCAGCUCAGCGUCGUGGUGGACGACAAGAAAUUCGUCAGCAACAUCACCCGGACGUACUCGGGCCCGUUCCGCACCAUCACGGUGCGGGACACGAUGUCGGACCUGCCGGAGAUCCGGAACGGCGCCUCGGCGCUGGAGAUCUCCUACAACGGCGAGCCCCAGUCGUGGUUCCAGCGCCAGAUCCGCGGCUCCCAGUACCAGCCCAUCCUCAGGGAUCACAUCUGCAAGGACAUGAGCGCGCUGGUGGCGGCGCGGAUGCGGCACAUCCCGCUGGCGCCCGGCUCCGACUGGCGGGACCUGCCCAACAUCGAGGUGCGGCUCUCGGACGGCACCAGCACCAGGAAGCUGCGCUACACCCACCACGAGCGCAAGAACGGCCGCAGCAGCUCCGGCGCCCUGCGCGGCGUCUGCUCCUGCGCCGAAGGGAAGCCGUGCGACCCGGCCGACCGGCAGUUCAACACGCUCAUCCCGUGGUGCCUCCCGCACACCGGCAACCGCCACAACCACUGGGCCGGGCUCUACGGGCGCCUCGAGUGGGACGGCUUCUUCAGCACCACCGUCACCAACCCCGAGCCCAUGGGCAAGCAGGGCCGGGUGCUGCACCCCGAGCAGCACCGCGUGGUCAGCGUGCGGGAGUGCGCGCGCUCCCAGGGCUUCCCCGACACCUUCCGGCUCUUCGGCAACAUCCUGGACAAGCACAGACAGGUGGGUAACGCGGUGCCCCCUCCCCUGGCCAAGGCCAUCGGGCUGGAGAUCAAGGCCUGCGCUGUGGCCAAGCUGCGCCAGGACACGGCCGGUCCCCUGGCCGCUGCCGCUGUCCCGUGUCCGUCCGGCGCCGCCUGAGCCGGGAGCGGAGCCGGGGGGAGCCGGGCUCACCUGGGGCUGCUGCGCCUCUGCCUUGACUUUAUUGGCCUUUUUUUGCUUUUUUUAAAUUUUAUUUUCAUUUUUAUUCCCCUUUUUUUUUCUUUUCCCCCCUUUUUCCUUUUCUCCCCUUUUUUCU